CCAGCAGACAACAUGCCUGCUCAGUGAAUCACAUGUCUGCACCAUCCCCGUUAUCCACGGGUAUAAAAAGGAGCAGCAGAGAGGCUGAGGCAGCUUCAGACAGUCUGGAGUCUCAGGAAACAAGCAGAGGUUUUACUCAUCAUUGCCUGCUGGCCCAGUGAGAGUCGGAGAGGAUGUUAAUGAUGAUGAUGAUGAUGAAGAAGAAGGGGCUGAAGUGUCUGGCUGUGGUGACUCUUCUUCUGGCUGCGGCCAACUGCAUCCUCCCUCCACACAGACAGGAUCUGGACCAGCUCUCUCUUCAGGGAGAGAAGUAUCUGGCCAAGCAGGUUGAAAACGCCGUGAACGGAGUGAAGGAGAUGAAGAGCGUGAUGCAGAAAUCCUCAGAGGACCACAAGAAGUUUCUGGACGCUCUGGAGAAAACCAAGCAGCAGAAAGACGAAGCGCUGCACACGGCUCAGGAGAUGGAGGCCAAGCUGGAGCAGGAGGAGGAGGUUUGUAACGAGACCAUGAAGGCUCUGUGGGAGGAGUGUAAGCCCUGUCUGAAGAACACCUGCGUCAAAUACUACUCCAGGACCUGCAGCAGUGGAUCAGGACUGGUGGGACGCCAGCUGGAGGAUGUGCUGAACAGGACGUCUCCCUUCUCCAUCUGGAUCAACGGGGAGAAAAUCGAUGUCCUGGAGCAGGAGGACCGGCGACAGGACAAAGAGUUUAAGAACCUGGAGGAGAAAUACACUGUGAUGGCUGACGGAGUGGACAGCAUCUUUUCAGACAGCAUGAAGGUGGCGGAUCACGUCCACUACAACCCUCCGGUCUUCUUUCCCAGUUUCUUGAGCCCGUUCACUCGUCACAGCAGAAGUGUUCGUUCUCUGUUCCACGAUCCCUUCCAAGGCUUCCAGAGCCUGUUCUCCCCCAUGAUGGGGAUGGGCAGGAACUUCUUCGGCUCUAUGGACUCCAUGAUGGACACGGACGCUGACACUGUUCCCAACGAAGACGGCAGUAUGAAAGAGGACGUGGUGAUCACUAAACCUUUUGGCAACGGCAGGAUGACCUGCAGAGAGAUUCGUCGCAACUCUGCCGGCUGCCUCAAGUUCCGCGAUGAGUGCGAGAAGUGCAAAGAGCUCCAACACGUCGACUGCUCUGGGAGGAGACCUCUGGAGGGGCCCCUGAAGGAGGAGCUGGAGGAGGCCCUGGCGAUGGCCGAGCGUUUCACUCAGCAGUACAACUCCCUGCUGAGGAGGUUCGAGGAGCAGAUGUUCAACACCUCCUCCAUCCUGGACCUGUUCAACCGGCAGUUCGGCUGGGUGUCGUCCCUGGCCAACAACACGGACAGCAAGGACGGUAUCUUCCACAUUCAGACGGUGAUCAGCAGGGACCCUGAGGAGAAGCCCGGCGAGGACAAGCAGCCCGGAGAGACGGACGUGUCCCUGCAGCUGUUCGAUUCUCCCUCCAUGAACUUCACCGUGCCGGGCGACAUCCCUUGGACCGACCCCAAGUUCUCGGAGGUGGUGGCUCAGGAGGCUCUGGACCGCUACAAGGAAACCGCAGUUAUUGUCAAGUAACGCUUCGCUCUGCACUGUCCGCUGACGAGAGAAUGUUCUGCAGAAAAAAAACACAACCUGAAGCCCCCCCCCACCCUGACCCUGAUGUAAAACCUCUCAGCGUCCUGCUUCUUCAAACAGUUUCACCUCAGAGAGUCAUAUUGUCACGUGUCCUGCUGUGCGAGGAGAUGUCGGGUAGAUAAUCGGCCCUGAGCCGGUCUGAAACAGGCUGCAGCAUUUAAAUGAUUAAUGCAAGUUUCCUUUAAAAAAGCCAAAACUGAUUCUGUAAUUCUCUCUGUAAUGUUUUGUUCUCUGCAUUCAGCUUUUCUCACACAUGUAGAUUCAACUGUUUGCUUCAGUAUAAAGAGAAAUAGAUGUUUGUUAGAAACACAUAGGAAGUUUACUCUGUUUCAGUGACUUUAACGACCUGGUCUACUCCUCGGCAGAUCUCCGAUAAGUCUUUAUCUGAGUUGGUUGAAGUUAGUUGCCGGAGUUCAAAUCACUGAUUGGAGAAAUAAAACUUGGGAAAUUAAGAAAUUAAUAUUUGAAGAUGUCUCGGAGUUGCUCUGUAAAACCACCCAGCGAUGAAGCAAUGCUUGGAGAUUUCAUAAAACCUGCUCAAACUA